CAGAGGUCCGUCUCCAAACAGAAGCUUAUGCAGGAAUUUCCUGAUUUCAAAGUUGCAACCACAUCUGCACACGCAAAUCAUGAAUGAUUUACCUGCUUUUUUCCGAAGGUAAGCUAACUGGCUUGAACUCAUUAUUCCUAGGAGAGAUCUCGACUCUGUUACUAGUAGCAGUUGUACUAGUGCUGUAGAGGAUAGAGUUCUCAGAUCGCUUCUUCAGCCGCAAUUUAGACAUCGGCUCCUCAGCGUUCCAAUUAGUGCUCACCAAGCGCAGGUCACAAGUGCAGCCGUGCGAAUCCGAAAGCUCAGCAGCGGUGAGGGCGAAGCACUACUGGGCGAACCAUGGAGGAAGUGGAGGAUCACAUGAAUGAAGACACCCUCAAAGAAAUUCGGCAGGAGUACAGAACCCUUAGAAGCGAGUACAAUGAGUUGAACCAGCUGAGGCAGAGGCUGAAGAAAGACGAGGCGCGAUGCAAGAGGACAGUUGACACCAUCCGACUCAAGAUACAGGAACUGAGCGGCGACUCCAGUAUCCUGGCGUCGAGGGAUAAGGAUGAGGAGUGUCAGAUUCUGCAGGGCCUCUCUGAGAUCGAGUCCUCCUUCAUGAAGACACCCACGCUGUUCCUGAGGCUCAUCAUUGGAGACAUCUCAGUUACUCAGCCUUACAAAGAGGACAGGGUGACGUAUAAGGCUGAGUAUGAAAAGUUCAAGAUGUUUCACACGGUGUGCAUGUGUGCGCUGGCAAUCUUUAGCCUCCUUUUCCCCAACUUUGGUAUUCUGGGAGGGUUGGUGCACUGUGUCAGUGUGUGGUACUACUUCACUGUCACUCUGAGGGAACUCAUACUCAUCAGCAAUGGAUCAAAAAUCAAUUGGUGGUGGAUGACACAUCACUACUGCUCCAUUGCUGUCUCUGGCCUACUCUGGCUUGGGCCUCCAGGUGAAUGCUACCAGGCUUUCAAGAACCAGUUCAUGCUCUUCACUACCAUCCUCAGUUUUGUGAUGGCCCUGCAGUUCAGGUACCAGCGAGCCAAGAUGUACCGCAAGGUGGCCCUGGGACUCAAACACCACAUGUCCGUCAGCCACGAGAGCAAACUAGCAAUCAAGAACCUACUACUGGGCUUAGUAGGAGUUUAUAUGUUCCAGCUCUAUAAUGCGUACACACUCUACAAGCUCUAUCGGUCUUCCAACAUAGACUGUGACAGAUGGCAGGUUCCCCUGCUGGCAUUUCUAUUCCUGAUACUGGCCGUUAUGAACAGCGCCACCCUGUUCACUGUCGUCAUAUACAAGCCUCUGCGGAAACUAAAAAAGGUGGAAAAAUACAAGUCACUCUAGAGAACAAAUAUACGAUUUAGUAGGUAUGUAUAUACAAAGUGUGUGUUGUUUCCCAAAUAUUCACAUGCGUGUUUUUACAAAGAGGUGAUUGACAAUUUUCCACAUGAUAUGGAUUGAGAAAAUGUUUGCGAAACGUUCGUAUUCCUCCUCUUCACAAUCUUGUCCGUCAACAGACGACACCCCUAAAGCAGCUACGUAGGGAAGUCCACACGUCUGUCUCGAGCUCUGCUUGCUCUCCAACUUGUUGUUGGCUAUGACAGCAGCCUUGUAGAGGUCGGCGACUCGCGGGCUGCAUACAGCCGUCUCGCUCUGCUUGAACCGACUGGCGCGAGCAAACACCACUCUUGGCUCCGGUGGGUCGGACACGAAAGAGUGGCUCUGGGAGGCAAACAAGAUGCUGGAUUUGGCCUCCUGGCUCAGCUGAAGACACGGGGCAUGGAGCAAAGGACUGGCUUCAGAGGAACUCCACAAUCUGGCAGCUGCAUUUGACUGAAGAAAGUUGUCGGGGUGUGGUACACAUCGUCUGACGCCUGCGUUGGCACUCGGAGGUUUCGUGGGGUCCAUGCUAGUCCCUUGAACCAUGGACUCCUCUCUUCCUCCGACAGCUAUAUACACAAUCACACAGUGAGACAGAAGCAAGUUUAGUAGGCCAGCAGACAGCACAACAUCGUGACAUUGGCGGU